CUUGCUUGUUUUCAAAUUGUCUCAGGUUCCACGCGCCACCGUUGAGAGAGGGAACACAUAAAUGGAGGAGUGGAUUCCGCUUCUCGACAUUUUCCUCAAGAGUCCGUCACCGGAAACUGAAGCGGCGCUCUGGUUAGACGAAGCUUCCAUCUCUUUCUCCUCCUCCUCGUCUUCGUCUUCUUCUUCAUCUCCGAUAAACAGGAGCUCGUUUGUUUCACUGCUGAAGAAACAAAGCUACAUAAACGAUCAGAACUCAUCUCCGUCUGCAAACAAGGUUAUGUUCAUUGAGACGUUACCCAACAUGGUUCAGUCUCGGAUUCUGUCGUUUCUUCUUUACGAUCACCGGAGGUUUUGCGGUAAGGAUCUGGUUUGGCUUGCGAGGGAAAUGCUUGGUGGUGGUAAAGAGGUUGAUUUUUGGGUUCAGAGAGCUGCACAGAACCUGCUCGAUAUAAUGCCUGAACGAAAAUUCGAUUGGAUAUCUCGUCUCGAUUUGGGUUCAGAUGAUGAUGGUAGUAUUGUGGAGGAGUUUGACUCUGUACCUGAUUGGCUCACCGAGAAGAAAGGUGGCUGUGCUGGUGCUAUUCUUCCGUGGCUUCCAGUAUCAUGCGCUGAUGUAGAUUCGGAAACGCUGGUUGUUGAUUCUUGUAAUGAAGAGGAUGUGAUGACUCAAGGUAGGGAUAAUAUGGAAGUUGAUCAUCGAGAAGCUGUGGAUGAGGAUGAUCAUGAGAUAAAUGUUGCGUUACAGCCUGAUGUUCACGAAAUGGCUGUGAAUCUUAGAGCUAAGGUUAUGAGCUGUGAGUCUACUUCUGAGGUUUUAGCCUUGUGUGAUGAAAUUCGGAAGCUUUGUUUGAUGAAAGGUAGGGACUGUUUAAGAGUUUUGGCUUUGGUUGAGCCUUGGAAUGCAGAGGACGAGACUGCUGCGGUGUUGCUUUCGAAUCUGCUUAGUGGAAAUGAGGAAGAAGAGUCUGGUUGGCCAAGCCAGAUUCUAUGUUCAACCGUGCUUCCCAAGUUUCUGGCUCUCGAGAAAUCCGCCUCACGUGUGUUGAUGUCUGCAACAAUUGAGUUCUGCAAGAUCCACCAAAGAGCAGCUGAGUAUGGUUUGGUGUUCCCUUUGAUGCUAAGGAAAGAAGGGAUCAACACCUUCAUCUGUGAGGUGAUUUCAAGGGUUUUGAAAGAAUGCUGGCACUUGGGUCAUAUCUCUUCCUUUUGCCAGAAGUUGCUUUCUGGAAGAACAGAAGAGAGGAAGAUUAUGUUCCUUCCCUGCCACAGAGAUCUUAUAUCUGAUGACAUGACGUGGAAUGAAUCACUGUUUAUCCUUUUUCAAAACAUCUUGACACACGAUGUCCCUUUAACCCAAGGCUCCGUUGAUUGUCUUGUUUCUAAGGUUCAGGAGAUGGCAGAAAGGUAUUGCAAGUCGCUAAAAUUCGGAAACUUUUUGCUGCAUUUUAUCUCCAAAUGUGCUCCGAUGCUACAUGCUCACAAGUAUCCGCUGAUCGAAUCUGUUAAGUGCACUAACAGUCUGGUUACAAAGUCUAUCCUGUCGAAACUCAACGCCCUGUAGCUUAAUAAUCCUGGCUGUUCAUUGGUAUAUACCCUUCUUGUGUGGUGGUGUUAGGUUUCACUUGGGAGAGGAUAUAAGACUGAACGAGAUGUGUAGUUCAUUAGGGUUUCAUUAGGGAUUGUGAAAGUGUUAUCAAGGCUUAUCUCAGUCAAGAUGCACAGAGUAGCAUUUUCCUUUUGUUGGACAACAUGGUGACAGGUAUGAACAGAACACAUGUCUUCUCUGAUGUUGGUGGUUGAAGGAAACUUCAGAUACAAGCUGGAGAUAUAAUGGCAUCAUCAGACAUUGGAGAUUUUGGCUGUUGACAGUCUACUUCAUGCUUCGCCGCCAUUACUCCUCCAAAGCUCCUCCCUCACAAGUCACAAUUUAACAGAGGAACGAGUCAAGAAACACACUAAAGUUCAGUUCACUGUUCCUGGUAUGAAAGAGGCGACAAAAGGUAUCAUCAAACAUGCUUCUACAGUGAGGGACCUGAAAAAUGAUUCAAUCCAAGAUCUCAUAGACUUGGCUAUAGACUAACUGGCUACAUAGAGAAAGUGUAAAUCUGUAUAGGAACACCUGAUUUUCCCAUCACUCUUGUAACUGGACACAUCUUCAACGUAUUGUAAUAAAACCAAAAAUUACAAACAAAUCUUCUU